CGCCUGCCUACUGAGCCACAAGCCAGCCGGCCUCCUGGCCACCUCCCCUCGACAUCGACCCUCCGGGCCCGGGCUUGGCCAAGAGCAAGCUGCCCUCGGAGAGGGGUGCGGGGAAGAUGUCCCAGUGCAUCUCCACGGCCACCGACGAGGGGACCACGUUCGAGCGUCUCUGGAGUUCUCUGGAGCCGGACAGCACCUACUUUGACCUUCCCCAGUCGAGCCAGGGGAGCAGUGAGGAGGUGGGCGGCAUGGAGGCCGGCAUGGGUGUCUUCCACCUGCAGGGCAUGGACACCCCUUCUGUCAUGCCCCAGUUCAAUUUGCUGAGCAGUACCAUGGACCAGAUGGGCAGCCGGGCGGCCUCGGCCAGCCCCUAUACCCCGGAGCACACGGCCAGCGUGCCCACCCACUCUCCAUACGCGCAGCCCAGCUCCACGUUCGACACCAUGUCGCCCGCUCCAGUCAUCCCCUCCAACACCGACUACCCCGGCCCCCACCUCUUCGAUGUCACCUUCCAGCAGUCCAGCACAGCCAAGUCGGCCACCUGGACGUACUCCCCGCUGUUGAAGAAACUGUACUGCCAAAUCGCCAAGACGUGCCCCAUCCAGAUCAAGGUGUCCACCCCGCCGCCCGCGGGCACCGCCAUCCGUGCCAUGCCAGUGUACAAGAAGGCAGAGCACGUGACAGAGGUCGUCAAGCGCUGCCCCAAUCACGAGCUUGGGCGGGACUUCAACGAAGGACAGUCUGCCCCGGCCAGCCACCUCAUCCGUGUGGAGGGCAACAACCUUUCACAGUAUGUGGAUGACCCGGUCACUGGCAGGCAGAGCGUCAUGGUUCCCUACGAGCCUCCGCAGGUGGGGACGGAGUUCACCACCAUCCUGUACAACUUCAUGUGCAACAGCAGCUGUGUGGGGGGCAUGAACCGCCGGCCCAUCCUCAUCAUCAUCACGCUGGAGACCCGGGACGGACAGGUGCUGGGCCGCCGGUCCUUCGAGGGUCGCAUCUGUGCCUGUCCGGGCCGAGACCGCAAAGCUGAUGAGGACCACUACCGGGAGCAACAGGUCCUGAACGAGAACGCCACCAAGCAUGGGGCCGCCAGCAAGCGCGCCUUCAAGCAGAGCCCUACCGCCAUCCCUACUCUGGGCGCCAACGUGAAGAAGAGACGGCACGGGGACGAGGACAUGUACUACAUGCACGUGCGGGGCCGGGAGAACUUUGAGAUCCUGAUGAAGGUCAAGGAGGGUCUGGAGCUGAUGGAGCAGGUGCCACAGCAGGUGGUGGAGUCCUACCGGCAGCAGCAGCAGCAGCUCCUGCAGAGGCCGAGCCCCCUGCAGCCUCCAUCCUAUGGGCCGGUCCUCUCGCCCAUGAACAAAGGGCACGGGGGCGUCAACAAGCUGCCCUCGGUCCAUCAGUUGGUGGGCCAGCCUGCCCCGCACAGCUCAGCGGCUGGGCCCAACCUGGGGCCCAUGGGCCCCGGGAUACUCAACAACCACGGCCACACCCUGUCGGCCAACGGCGAGAUGAGCAGCAGCCACAGCUCCCAGUCCAUGGUCUCGGGGUCCCACUGUACCCCACCUCCUCCCUACCACGCUGACCCCAGCCUGGUCAGUUUUUUAACAGGACUGGGGUGUCCAAACUGCGUCGAGUAUUUCACCUCCCAAGGUUUACAGAACAUUUAUCACCUGCAGAACCUAACGAUAGAGGACCUCGGGGCCCUGAAGAUCCCGGACCAGUACCGGAUGACCAUCUGGAGGGGCCUGCAGGACCUGAAGCAGAGCCACGACUACGGCGCACAGCAGCUGAUCCGCUCCAGCAGCAAUGCCGCCACCAUCUCCAUCGGCAGCUCCGGGGAGCUGCAGCGGCAGCGCGUCAUGGAGGCCGUGCACUUCCGCGUGCGUCACACCAUCACCAUCCCCAACCGCGGCGGCCCCGGCGGGGCGGGGGGCACGGGGCCCGACGAGUGGGCGGACUUCGGCUUCGACCUCCCGGACUGCAAGUCCCGGAGACAGUCCAUCAAGGAGGAGUUCACAGAGGGCGAGGCCAACUGAGGGGGCGCGGGCGCACGCGGCCGGGGCGCUCGCCGGACCCGUGGAGCGCGCAGCCUGCGCGUCGGCGGCCGCGAGCCCCAGGAGCCUGGCCUUCCUUCUCUCUUCCUUUUUGAGAAAAACUGCCCUGGGAGGCAGGACCCUGGGCUGUGCCCGCGGAAAGGCCAGGUCCAGCCUUCACCGGCCCCGGCGCCGCCGGAGGGCAGUGGGCCUGGCAGGUAGGGACCCCUGGAGCUGCGCUGCAGGCGCGCUGUCGUCCGGAACCACCGGCCUCCUCUCUUCCUUCAGGACGCUGCUGCUCCCGGACACGAUCCUUUUAAAUAAAAAGAACGACUCUCCCUCCUGAUGGACAGCCACAAAGUAUUCUCCGAGGUCUCCCGGAUCUGGGUAGCAGUGAGCGGCUCAGUGACCGUGGCUAACACACAUUUAUUUUCAGGUAAAAGCUGCAGCCCAUCUCUGUCCAAGGCUGGGCCUCGAGGGUCAGUCUGUCCCUCGCACACUUGACCGCUGGUUCCAACCCCAGUGCAGCUCCCUCGCGCUGCCCGCCCCAACCCAGCCCCGGACCUCCACUGGACUCGGAGGGCUGGGAGGGCACUGCCCAGUGCACGGUCCUCCCGGGAGGCGAGGGCUGUGGCCACCAGCCGCAGCCACCUCUCUAGGUGACCCUCUCAGCAUAAGCAUGGAAGGCACGCACCUCAGACUACUGGAAGAUGUCAAUAUUUGAUAAAAUGAUAUCCUUUUCUACAUGGUGGGUCAGCUUUUUUGUUUUUUAACUCAUUCUUAACAUUCCCUUCAGGGUUCAACCUGGCAGGCUUCCCAGGUCUGUGGCUAAAAGCUGGGCAGAGGCGGCUGAGGGGCAAACCAGGCGGGGCCGCACUUGUCCCUGGAUGGCUGGAUGGGGCGAAACCCAGAGUGAGCGGCUGCGGCGGGAGGGGGCGCUGGGCUGGGGAAGUCCUCUGGUGGGAACGAUGGCCCUCUGUCCCCUUGGCGACCUUGCAAGUUGGGGGUAGGGGUCACGGGGAGAGCCCCUCUGGUAGAGGGAGCAGCGGGCAGAAGGUCCACUCCUCAGGCUCAGAGGUGGGCUCUGUGCUGGGAGAGGCCCUCCUGUCGCCUUGAGACAGCACUGAGGCAGGUGGAGAGGCACCCCAAGGAGUCAGUGGGCUUGGCACACACUUCUGCGUGCUCCCCCACCCCCCUCCAUGGGUCCAUUUUGAGCCCAGGAAAGAGAAGAGCACGGAGAAUGUGGGUGGUGGGUGAUGAAGCACCCUCGCUCUAGGCAGGUGGGACAGAGGGAGUCUUGGCUAGUGGGCAACCUGAGACACCGCCCUGGGUGCAGGCCACCGGGCCGAUUCCUGGUCCAUCUGCCUGGUUACCUGUGGGUUACUCCAAGUCUGGGCGCGCCUCUCACUAAUGUCACCACAGAAAGACAUGAGGCCCCCAGGCCCGGGGGCCCUGAUCACCCACCCUUUGGGUUUGUUGGUGUUGCUGAAAACCAUCCUUCUGUCUGGGAAGCUAGGGAGGGCUUCCAGCUGUGUUCUGAGCAGCAGAUCUCACACAACACAGGCCUCUCCACGUUCAAGGACGACUGGGCAUUCAGAGGCCCGUCUCCUUGUUAGAUGUCCAGGCUCGAGAUGGCUGCUGUGAGGAGUGGGAGUGGGGGUGGGGAUGGUAUUAAAAUGGCUCAGAGAGCCGCAGGGGAAGGGAGCCCUCCGGCAGCUCGGAGCUGUCCUGACUGGACUGAACAAAGGCAGAGCCACCUCUGCCCCCAAACGCGCUGUCAGGGUCGUCUCCAGACCAGGACUUCAUCACGGGAAGUCGUGAGCAUAAACAUUGCCAGCCUCCACUUGUUUAAAAGCAGCAUUUUGUGCUGACGCAGGUACCUGGGUUUAGGAUAGUGUACCCACUGUCCCCCUCCAUGUGCGCUACUGGGCACCACAUUUCAGGGCUGUGCCUGGAGGCUCUGACCUGCAGCCAGAGCUGAGAGCCUUGGGGCAACAGAAGCAGCUCAUUCCAGCAGGCGCCAGGCUUUGCCGAUUAGCCAGAGGUGCUCCACUCCUGGGGGGUCAACUAUCUCCCCAGAACACACACCACGCCCGAAAGUUGCAGUCACAGCCUCAGACUCAGGGCUCCUGUGGACAGGGCAAGCUGACCCCUGGCGUCCACAAGCCCAGCUGAGUUCCGGGGUCUCAAGUGGCUUUGUUUCCUGGGCAUGUUCCUGUCAGCCCCGCGGCUGGUAGGGAAUGCCACAGGGGCCCCACCUGGUGCUCUGGCAAGAGUUAGUGGGAGAGGGAGCCCCACCAAACAUGGAGGGCAAGGUCCGCCCCGCGGGCCCCGGGCUGCACAGGCUCCGCAGAGCCACACAAAGCAGUGUCCCAUCACUGACGGAGGACUGCCAUUGUAGAGAGCAAGCUGUAACAAUUAAAUGGAGCAGAAACUCUCAGGGCGAGAAAAUACAAAUGAACAGAAACAACAAUCCUCAGGGUUUGAAGCUCUCGUCCUACAAAACUCGAACAGAUAAAAGUAAGCACCCUUUACGCUGUGAGGUUCCCCAGGGGUGAAGGGGCAGGAGGGGAGCUGCCUGGUGGGCCUUGAGGACGCCUGCUGAGAGCCAGACACGUGUCACUGCCCACAGAGCCCAGCCAAGGUUUCGGCAAGACACUUGCAGCUAGCCAGCCCUCAGGGGAGUCCCCGCCACUCUAACCGGCCUCAGCUGGGUCCCCACACUGCCGAUCAGUGGCCCAGGUCCCUGACAAGCGACAUGCACAGAUCUGGGAUGUAGUGUAACUUGUCCCUUAGAACAGGUCACACAAACAUCUGCUGCUUCUCGGUUACGAUCCCUUUAAAGCACUUGAAUGCUUUAAGGUUUGAAAAAAUACACCACCCAUGUUUUUAAUGUAAUGCAACACUUCUUCAAGCAGUGUUAAUGGAUGUACUCCAAUGGUAUCAUUGACUUUUUUGAGUAAUGUCAUUUUGGGGAAAUGUGUUAUUUUUUUAGCUGUUUUGGUGGGAAUUUUUGUUUUUGUAACAUAAUAAAGCACAUGUUCCAAG